AUUAGAAGGAAGCAUUAGCAAGCAGCGCACGCAUGCGUCCAGCCAUGCAUCCGUCGUGCGCGUCAUGCGUGGGCGAACCAAUCACACGCAUACACGCGCGCGCAGGCAUGCACUCAUGCACCACUCGCCGCAUCGACGUACACGGGAAAACCACAGGCUCCCACCGCGCACCGCACCGCACCGUCCACCCAUCCGUCCGUCCGCACAUAUCCCAGCUGGCAAUGGAUGAAUUAAUUGGCGUACGUGGUGCAUACAUGCGGUCGGUGCACAUGUGGUGCGCUAUAUAUAGACAGGGAACACACACACACACACACACACAAUACAUUGUCAAAUUGCAUUCGCAGCAGCUGAGUGAGUGAGUGAGUGAUCGAGUCAGUCAGUCAGUGGGUUGGGUGAGUGCACUCCCCUGGCUUCGCUUCAACUCUGUCUGUACAACGGUUGUCACUCCAACGUACGGCAUGAAGGGCAGCCAGCCAGCCAGUAAGAAAGAGCCAGAAUCCAUACGCACACACCGUCAGAGGUGGGCGCGGCGCCCGCCCGAACACUCACUGACUGAAUUGACCGAAUUGAUUGAUUGACAGACAUUGACAGGCAGGCACGCAGAUGAAAGAAAGAGCGACAGACCCCGCCGGCGCCGCGCCCCCGACACCGACCGCACCCAAAAGGUCAAAAAGCACUGUCAAUGGAUGAUUACUUCAGCCCUUGAGUCAGUCAGCUUUGGCAGCUCCCACGCACCGAACCGCACCGCACCGCACGCACCCAAGCAAGCACGGCACGCACAUCGACUCCACCGAAGAAAGCAACCCCACCCCUGUGUGCUGUGCGGCCCUCUGCCGCGUCUCCUCCUUGCCUCCCUCCUCCCAUCCCUCGUGCCGUCAUUCACACCGACCUGACCUCGUUUGCAGCAGACAGACAAAAAGAGCCAGCCAUGGAAUGAAUCGAUUCGUCCCUUGAUCCAUCCAUCCAUCAUUCCAUUCAACAAAACACUUAUGUACUUAUCGACACACCAGGGCCUAGACCAUCCAUCCAUCCAUCGGUCGCUCCUUCACAACACUCGCUCUCUCUACGCCUGCACCUUCUCCUUCCCGCCGCCCUCUCCCUCUCCCUCUCCCUCCCCGCUUCUUUCGUCCGUCUCGACCGAAUCCUUUUUCUCAGCACUCUUGCCACUGUCACUGUCGGCUUGUUUCAGCUGCUGAGUGGUGCCCUUGAGGAUGGCUAACGCCUUGUCCAUGGCCUCCUCGGGUGUUGUGGCGAUGUGGACGAGGCCGCCCUCCACGAGCCCGUCAGUCCACGCCGACCGGUACUGCCGGAUCUUGCCGUAGUUGUUGUCCAGGAUCACGUGAGGCUUCCGCAUCAACGUGCACAGAAUGUGCGCGUGGAGGCGAUCGGCCACGACCACCUGACACACACACACACACACACACACAGCCAGCCGGCCAGGGUGCAGGGCAGGGUGCAUCUGCGGCUCGGUGUUGUCGGGUCGGUUGGCCGCUCAUGACUGGCUCACAUUGCCUCUGGCGAGGAACUGCAGGCCCCUGUUGAGUCGCGAUUUGGUGACGACGGUCUGGAAGAACUCGUACCCCUCGCCGUUGCGGACUGGGUACUUUUCGCGCCACUUGAUGUUGGUGCUGUUGUAGCUCACCCAGUCGUCCUGCUUCACUUUCACGCCCUUGGGCGCUGGCGGCAGCUUGUAGUCCCUUUUCUCGCGAUCAGUCCGCUUCACCCACAAGAUGUCAUACGUCGGAGAAAUCGGGGGCGGCUGAAACAGACAGACCCACACACACAACCACAGAGAGACAGAGAUCCACAACUGCUCGUGUGUGGGCCAAAUGGCCUCCCCUGGUUACUCACCGUGACGCCCAUCAUGAAAGCGGAGUCCGGGAGCAUGUAGGCCAUCUUGUACUCAAAGGGGCACUGCAUCAGCCACUCGUAGCUGGGGAUGUCCCGGGCGAUGAAGGAUAUGUUGGGGUGCCGCAUCUUCUCGGCGUGAGCCACCAUCGUGUCGUCGUGCUCGAACUUGAUGGUCUGUGGGAAGACGACGAUGGGGUACUCGGGGUGGUCCCGGAACCUGGCCACGAGACGCUCGCGGUCGUCCACGUACUUUUGCCAGAUGUCGCCGAAGUUGCCGCCGCCCGUGUAGAAGAUGAUGAGUGGGUCGUCUGACGACUGGGCCACCCGCAGCGCCUCGUCGUAGUCGCAAUCCUCCGCCAGCUUGGGCGCGCAGAAAUGCACCACUUCCAAGCCCAGCUUCUGCACAAGCAAGUGUGGAUGCCAUGCAUGGGCACACAGAACCGUACACACGCACACGAGCAGAUGGAUGGGGUGGAUGUGGGAGUGUUGUUGUGUGGGUAUGGGCUGUGCUGGGCUGUGCUGGGUCGGUUGGCUUGCCUUGAGGACGAGGUAUUGCCCGUAGUUGAUGGCGGCGUCGCCCUUGUUCUCGUGGUCGGCCAGCCCAAACAUCAUGGCCCGCUUGUACCCCUUGACCAGCUGAUUGACAGACAGAAGACACACACAUGGCAUGGUCCAUACACAGAGCGCUUCUGUCGGGUCGGUUGCUCUCUUUCUCUCUUUCUGUCGUUGAGUGAUGUCCAGUGCUCACCGCCGAGUAGGCGUCGAUCAUGGCCUCCUGCUGCGCCCCGAUGACCCCCUCCCACGUCCUCUCCUCGAGGAUCUUCUGCGACACCGCCAUGGUGCGACUCCUCUCCGCCUCGUCUACCCUCGGCGCCACCGCAGCUGCACCCUGCUGCUCGCCCCCGACCUCCUGCGCCUGCUCGCCCUGCUCUGGUGGCUGCUGGUCCUCUGCUGGUGGGGGUGGCGGUUGUUGAUCCCCAUCGCCAUCGCCACUGCUGCCCUGAGGCAGCGCCAUGGAGGCGGCAGCAACGUUCUGUGACACGACCUUCUCUUUGUCCGCCUCCUCCCCGUCUGCUGCUGCUGGUGGGGCUGGUGGUGGUUGUGGUUGUGGCUGUGCGUCAGCUCCUGCGCCGCCAGUAUUUGCGGGCUGCUGCGGCGCUUUGGCCUUGCCCUUGAGAUUGGCGGUGGCGACGGUUGACGCGCCGAGGAGGGAGUUGAGGUUCUCGGGGGAGGCGAUGUUCUUGAUGGCCUCCAUGAUGGGCGCGUCCGAGCUGCAACGGGUGGCAAUCGCUGUCGACACACACAGACCAGACAGACAACAGGUGUGUCGGUAGGUGGCUGGCUGAUGUGACGGACGGACGGAUGUGUGUGCGUACCUGUGUGCCAAAAGACGAGGCAGACGACGAGCGCGCCGAGAAGAGACCACCAGUUGGGAUACCUGCCGCCGCCCUGCGAGGCAUGGCCCUUCAGCACCUCCUUCUCAGGCGCCUUCUUCUGAGCAAACCAACACACCAACGACAAUCAAGCAGAGACCAUCCAUCCAUCCAUCCAUCUCGCCCCCUCGCUGACCGGUUUGGCGGAUUUGCUGAGGUGCAGGCCGAUGAUGGCCAUGAAGGAGCCCAGGAUCUGCACGCCCGUCGGCAGCCCGCACCGCAGCACCUCGGCGGUAAUGAUGAUGACCGCCCGCUUGACGGCGUUGAAGUAGGCGUGCACUAUGGGGCUCGACACCAUGGCCAGGAACCCCAGCGAGGCCAUGUUGUAGGUCGAGUGGAACAAGCCGGACAGCAGGGCGGGGGGGAUCGACACACUCGUCGGCGCGGCCCCCACCAUGAAGAGGCAGAGGGAGAUGAGGCACGCCACACAGCACCCCAGCACCGACAGGACGAAGAAAGGGAUGGUCGCACCCUCCCCCUUCUUGGACACCAGCACGUUUCUUAGAGAGAUGGAGAGAGCCCCCAGGAGAGCGAAGAACACCGCAAUCAGCGACCCCGACCCGCCGGAGCCCCCCUGCACCGUGUCGUGCACCACAAGGAUGAUCCCAAAGCUCGAGAGCGACAAGGCGGCGAUCUGUGCAGUGGGCGCCGCUGUCCCCGCGAUUAGCCAUGCGAGGAUGGUGGUAAUGAUGAGCUCGGAGCACUUGAUGAUCUGGACCAGCAGCACCCGCCCGCCGCCCAGCGCUGUGUUGGCGCAUAUGUUGGCGAGGGCGUACAGACAAGAGCUGAAGAAGAAGUCGAAGUUGAGGAAGCGCAUGAAGGUGCCUCUCACGCCUUGUCCCUCAAAGAGGCUCUUGCGAUAGAAAAGCAGGAAGGGUAUGGCGAAGAAUCCCGCCACGCAGAGCUGCAGGGAGGUGACGAGGGAGCCGAAGAAGACCCGGUCCGCCAGGGACAUCUCGGUGGACGAGGGCCUGAGCGCCGUCUUGGUGAUGACGCUGUGCAUCGCACUCCCCAGGUACCAACACACGAUCACGAAAAUCUCCAGCACCAGUCCCCUCGCCUCCAUCGUGCUUGCUGGCUCUGGCUGCUGAGAAGAGGAGUGCGGCUGAGAGGCUGAGGCUGCCCCCCCGCUCACGGGCUCGGUCUUGUGCUUGUUGUAGUGGUAGCGAAUGAGGAGAGUCUCCCCGCUGUGUGUUCGAAUGAUGGUCUUGUUUGUUGACGUGUAGACGACGGUUGACGCUUUGCAGGCCGCCCCGCUGCCGCUGCCGCAGCCAGUCACCAGAGGUGAAGUCGGGGCUGUGGUUGACGAUGGAGGUGUGCUUUUCUCGGAAGCCUUCUCACGUCCACGUCUGACUGAUGGCCGGAGCAGCAUCCACGCACACCAUUUCUGACGCGCGCACCUUUUUGGUCCCACAACCAAUUCACAAACCCCACAAACCCAAAACCCCAAU